AUGGCACCGCGAAUAAAUAUUCCCCCUAUUACCCGGGCCAUUCUCAGCGCAAUCUGCGCCCUAUCCUUUUUGAACGGCGUUGCCAGAUGGAGAAAAUAUGAAGGCUCACCAGGCGCACCGAUCCCCUAUUUGACAUUGGUCCCGUCUAAUUUUCUAUUUUAUCCCUGGACGCUCUUGACCGCGACCUGCCUGGAACAGAACAUUUUAACCGUCAUAAUUACCGGUGCGACGGUGCUUUAUGGUGGGAAAUAUCUGGAACGGGCCUGGGGAUCUCGGGAGUUUGCGAAAUUUAUCCUUGUCGUUGCGCUGAUGCCGAAUGUUGUCAUGGUGUUCCUUUAUAUACUCUGGGCGGGGAUUACAUCAAAUUCCGGGGUUGCUGCUAAGGGAAUAUCUGGCGGUAUAUCAAUCCAGGCCGCCUUCCUCGUAGCCUUCAAUCAACUAGUCCCGGAACACACCGUAACAAUUCUAAAAGGCCUCGUGAAAAUGCGCGUCAAGCAUUUCCCAGCCCUCUUCCUCCUCCUCAAUGCCAUUGGUGGCCUCAUCCUCGGAACCGACGUCGCACUGAAUCUAAGCUGGCUCGGCCUCCUCUCCAGCUGGACAUAUCUCCGCUUCUAUAAACGCCAACCAGAUCUCUCCGGCACCUCAACCAACGGCCACGGAAUCAAGGGAGACGCCAGUGAAACUUUCGCUUUUGCCAACUUCUUCCCAGACGCCAUUCAGCCCGCCAUCUCCUUCGUCACGGAUAAGAUAUACUUGCUUCUCAUCACCGUUCGUAUCUGCACGCCCUUCUCAGACGAGGAUAUUGCAUCAGGCAACGAGCGGGCGAUGGCACGGGGCGAGGCAGGUCUUCCCAGUUUCAUGAACAAUGGCAGGAUGGGUGGCGGGAGGGGUACGGGUAAGCGGGAGGAAGCUGAGCGACGCAGAGCGCUUGCGCUAAAGGCUCUGGAUCAACGGCUUCAGGCAGCUACGGGGAACAGGUCGUCGCAGACAUCUGCAAGUGCGGGUCCGGCGCAUUCAGCUCCACCACAACAACAGCAACGACAAACAUCGCCGCAGCCAGCAGCCCCGUCUGUUGCCCCUGGACAGAGCAUGUUGGGUGAAACGAACUAUACGCCAGACCAUUCGUAA